AUGAGAUUAGAAUACUAUUUUGCGUUGGUCGCAACUCUAUGGCUAACUACUGUCUAUGCAGCUUCUGAAAAAUUCGGUCUUAAGCUUACUGGACCAAACGAAUUAAAAGGAAUGAUGAUUUAUGAAGACGGAAGCUCGCUUUUUAUUGGUAAACAUUCCGGUGAUAUCAUAGAAGGUACAAUUCAAGAGGAUGGGUCCUUGAAAUUGGGCACUGGAGAGUUCAUUGGGAUAAACAAGAACUAUCUAACUUUAACCACUAACUAUACCCAAUACGCUACGCCAUUUGCUAUCAAUGGGGAUGGAUAUUUGACGCUGUAUGGAGAAAAAGAAUUCAAGGCCAUUCCAAGCGGUCAGACAGACAUAUGGAUUUUGGCUUCUAAUAAUGCUGUUUCAACAUUGGAUUCGGUGCACACAACUAAGGUCAAGUGUGUUGACUCAGACGGAAAGAAAGUUAAUAAAUUUACCGUCAACGGCAGUAGUGCAUCUAAACUUCUCAACAAAACCGAAUUAUUGGCUGUACUCUUCUUUUCCUUUAGUGCUUAUGUUCUGUUUUGA